AUAGGGCGUCCGGGGCUUUGGAGGGAUAGGUCGAAGAUUCCGAAUUGGACUCCGGAUGCUGAGAAGUAGGACACGACGAUAACUGGUCCGAAUGGCAGUCUAUCUAUACAGUACUGCGCCAGACGAAGACAAUUAUACCCCAGCUCUCAGCACGAACUCACGGCGCGGGAUGCAUGGUCAUCAUCCCUCCGAUAUUCGCAAAGGUCUUCUUACUGGCCGACCCGGAUUCCAAGCUUUGUCAGUCGGCGCUGUGGAUUGCAUGAAGCGAAUCCCAUGGUGCCCUCUGACUCCCAUCAAUCCCUUGCGUUCGACGCCCUCACAUGCACGCUCCACACAUCCACCGGAACGGUCGUUUCUUCGAUGAACUCGCUCACUCAACCUUGAGACUCAUUCGGCUGACGCAAUACCGGUUAGCUCUUGACGUGGCCUGCUCGUAUGUACUCGAGGUCGCGACCGCUUGCUGAGGUCGUUGCCCCUCGGCCCGAGGGGCAACCAUAGUGGCCGGAGAAGUUCGAUGACGCUAUUUGGGGUCUGCGAAAAUCACGCGGACCUCAACAUAACUUAUUAAUAACCAAAAUCAUGCGGACCUCAACCUCCGCACUUCAUAUUAAUAACGAAGGAUCGUCCUGAAAACAUACGAAGCUCAUCCCCCGUCAUUACCAAUUAUCUGCAAACCCGUCUUUCGGCUGCCAGACUCACGCACUAUAAUAAUUCACCAUGUCCACGAUACACAAGGUCGCGGUCGCAGGAGCGUCCGGAAACAUCGGGUCUCCCGUUGUCGAACAACUGCUCGCUGCCAAGUUCGAGGUGAUCGCGCUGUCUCGCUCGGGCGAUUCCUCCAAGCUUCCGUCGGGCGUCACCGUCCGCAAGGUCGAUUACGAUUCCGUCGAGUCUCUCGUCGCUGCUCUGAAGGAUGUCAACGCGGUCGUCUCGACUGUAGGAGCGGCCGCCGUCCCUAGUCAAACGACGCUCAUCGACGCCGCAUCAAUCGCCGGCGUCAAGCGCUUCAUCCCGUCCGAAUACGGCGGCGAAAUGGAGGACCCCGCCUACCGAGCGAUCUUCGCACCCAAGGUGGCGGUGCAAGACCACCUGGAGAAGGUCAGCGCCGAGUCGGGCUUGACCUGGACCAUCGUCCUGAACGGACCGUUCCUCGACAGGGGCCUGCGAUCCGGCUUCCUGCUCGACCCUCUCAAUGAGCGUAAAGCAGAAAUCUUUGACGGAGGAGACAAACCCUUCAGCUCGACCACGAUGGCGACCAUCGGGAAAGCGGUCGCAUCGAUCCUGCUCCACCCCGAGGAGACGAAGAAUCGUUACGUGCGCAUCCACGACGCGGUCGUCACCCAGAGCAAGCUCCUGAACAUCGCAAAGGAGUUGACGCCCGGUACCGAAUGGUCCGUGACGCACAGCAAGGCGGUGGAUCUACAGAGUAGGGCCGAUGGCUUGAUCGCUCAGGGCAUAUCCGACAUGCGUCUAUGGGCCUUGCAGAUCAAGUACUGGUUGUCCGCCCAGCACACCAAAACGGUGUUCAAGGAGCUGGACAACGAGCUGCUGGGCGUUGGAUCGAUAUCAGAAGAGGAACUGCGGGAGAUCGUCAAGUCUGCCCUGUGACUUUCCGGUCAGAACCCCGGACCAUCGUACCGAUAAUCGUAUUAUCUCUCUUGCAUAGCUGAGUGCAAUAUAUCCGGUCGAUGAUGC